CAAAGCUCCUCUCGACCAAACUGACAGAAGAGCCUCAAGGUAUCAAUCUAGUACAGUGGUUUCAAGAAGCACGCAACCUGAGAGCAGAAAUAAGACAACACAAUCAUCAGCAAGCGAAGAAAAAGAUGAUUGACUCAUUUCUUAACAGAAAACCGACACAUAUAAAAAUGGACAAACUACUCUCGAAAGACCCAGAGGGAGAUGCAAUCACAGACCCGAAUGCAAUCAAAAAUAUGGCA